UAUUGAAUACAUGAAGUUUCAACAUAUCUUGUCACACAGUUAGUCUGCUCUCAAUGAUAAACUUUACUUGUUGAGUGUUUUUGUCGCGAAAGUUGUUAAAAUUAAAAGUGUUUCGCGAUGAAAAGUGAGAAUUUCAAGUUGGUUCUCAUUUUUCUAUCAGCUUUCAUCACUUUCGUGAGCUGUUCUCCUUCGUCACACAAAAAAGAAUUCACCUUUCAUGGUCAAUCCUACACGAAGCUGAUCAAUAUACAUGGCGGCGAUAAUCUGGUUAUAGGAUCAAAACCAACUCAAACGGUAGCAAAAUCUGACAUGAAAUAUAUAUGUACCAAGUUUCGAUAUGAUCAGAUAUCGUACGAGAGAAGCGAUUACAAAACAGUUGUGAAAAAAGCAGGGAUAGAUGAUGACAGUUAUUUUGUGCUAAUAACUAGAGCAGUUUGGCAGUGUAAAGAAGAUGUUGCAAGAAUAGCAAAUUCCCAGCUGUCAAAUUUCGUGAGAGUCGAGAACGAUCUGAUUAGCAUCAAGCCAAUUGCCGCCGUCGAAUUCUGCGAUGGUGUAUUCGUGAGUGCCACUAGAUACAUUGGCCAGAGAUAUGCUGUCAAAAUAAAAGAAAUAAAGUAUUUAAAGUCUACUUCCACAGAUCCAAACAAAUAUGAAACAGCUCCAAUGAAUGUUGUCCAGUAUGAUGGGUUGAUAGCAUUAGAAGAAGCUCCGUUUCCCCCAUAUCAACCGCGUGUUCCAAGCAAACAACUAACGCACUUUGAGGCCGAUGUUCCCCAACCAGUCUAUGGUGAAUGCUCGCAUGAUAUACCUAAUAAUAAAGAAGCUAUGCAAUUCACUCUCUCCACGAACUCUGGUCGAGCGUUUGCGAUUGGUACUAAGCAAAAAGGAGAUUUAGAAUCCCCGCCACCUGGCUCUUCCUGCCCCGAAUGUUUCACGAUCAAUCCUGGCACACCCUACCACAGUUUAUAUAGAACUGAAGUCAUUGAAAUUUUAGAGAGUGGAUUCGAGGGAAUUAUGAACGAUGAGGAAUUUUCGAAAGUGUUUGUCAUAGCAUCUAGAACAGUGCAUGUCUGUCACUCCCCAGAUAAACCAGAAGCGGAAUUCAUUCGAGUGGAGCAGAGAGUGAUUGGUCUGGCAGCUAUCAAAUAUUUGCGCCUUUACAGCCACACCAUAACACAGAUGACGGCCAUUGAAAUGGACGCCAAUAGUGCAACAAUGAGUGCUAUGUUCACUGAGGUCAAAUACAUCCAAGCCGAUGGAUCUGCUUUGAAACAACUCAAAGUACCUCGAAGGAAGUUAUUUAUAGAGGAGGAAGUAUCUACUCAUAUUGGAAAAGCAAUAGACAUUGCCUACUUAAUUAAAAGUACAGACGUUGUGUCAAGGACUCUGAUCAGUGAUGAAGGAUAUGAUCUGCGCAUUGGUGAGCCUACGCGGGUGGCUAAAAUGAAUAACGAAGGGACGGUCGAUUGCCAGGAAUAUGCGAUUUCAAAAAUGGUGUCGGAUGAAACUAGUAAUCAUAUGUGGCUCACAGAGACCAAAGUUUUCAUGAAAGUCAAUGGGGACAACACUUUUCAUACUUUGAAACAAAUUGCUGAAGACAGGCAGAAAGAAACAUUUGGGAAGCCGUUCUAUGAGCUGGUGCAAAGAAAGACAUGGAAAUGCAUCAUAGAACCAGCUCCGAAAGAGAAAUUUAUCAGAGUUGAAAGCAGAAUAAGAGUUCUAGUGCCUGUAAGAGAGCUAGAGUCUUAUGAUGGCGUUAAAAUUUUCAAAACUCGUUCGGAGAAUGGUGAAUGGUCGGUGGAGAUCGUGGAGGUUAGACACCUUUCAAACGAAUACCCUCAUGACAGCAUACGUCUCAGUGCUUCCAUCAAUACAUUCAAUGAGAUAAAUGAUCCAAGUGAUAUAAUGAAGUACUCAUCAGACAAUGAACCAUCAUUGCUGAAAAAGUCAGGCGAUGAAAUGGUUCAUACCAUGGGCGCUGGAGCUAAGAAAGGCCUGAAUGUGAGGGGCACGAGAUCGAAUGAUGCUGACUCCCAAACUAUAAUCAAGAACAUCGGCCCCGGCAGGCAUUCAAUCAAAUUCAACCUUGGAGUUUUUUCUCACAUUGGAAAUGCUGAAGAUAUUGCUGAUUGUGACGUAUUGCAGACGGGAAGCUACUCUUCUGAUAAGAUUCUGCCAGCUUUCACAAUAAUUGAUGCGCAGCAAAACGGAAAAGCUAUCCUAACUUCUGGCACUAAAGCUGUUCAUGACAGUGUGUUCAAAGAUCUGUCAGCAGAAAUAUGGAAAUGCACUAUCAGAGGUGUGGUACAAGAGAAUACACAAUUCCUAAGGGUUGUCUAUGACCAUACCCUGAAGACGAACCCUGAAUAUGACAUUGGGACAGUUGAGCAUCUGCAAAGAGACGAGGUUUGGUUGGAAGUUGAAGAUGGCCAACCUGUGGUCAGAGUGAGAGAGACCAAAUACCUUGAUAUUGUCAAUAAUUAUCGAGUUAUCAACUACAUCGGAUUACAUCUAUUAACGCCGAAGCUAAUAAGUUCUGAAUGGAAAAGUGGUACUCAAAUAAUUGAAAACUAUCAAAGCAUCUCAGACACAGUCAUUAAUCGUGAAUUGAUGGGAGCAAUGCAAUAUUUUGAUGAUUUGCCUCAUUCUCUAAGUAUCGAAGCAUAUGAUACCAUUACCAUUGACACGAGAUGGACGAAAACGUUUGGAAAUGCUGAAAUGACAUUGAGAUGUGAAAAAGACUCGACAGGAAGAUUCACGUCGCUUAAAACCAAAAUGACAGUAGACAACGACAAUAAAAACAUUUCCGCAUAUUUCAUCAACGAAAUAUCAACAGAAUUUUGGAUAUGCUCAGACCAAACCAAUGAGAAUGGUAUUGUGAGAGUCCACCACCAAUUUUCGCUCAAUAAUUGGUGGAGCAUCAAAGAAAUUCGCUAUUUUUAUGGAGUAACUAUUUUUGGUGGCAAUACAGCAACAAUAUCUAGGACAAAAAGGUCGGGGAAAAAGCAUUCGUUUACACCGUACGAAUAUGAGAUAAUUGUCAUCAGGUAUCAUGAGAACGGCGCAAACUACCCUAUCGUGAAAUAUGAUUGAAUGUAUAUGGAGUGAGAGAUGUAUACUAUACAUUGGAUAGCAGAGCUGUUUACAGAAAACAGAUUUCGCAAAUAGGCCACUCUAUACAGAUUUUGCCAUUCUCGACUGGAUACGCCGCAUCAGAAAUGGAUAAAAAAUCUAAACAACUGGUCAUGUAUGAUGACCAUCUACUACAGUAGACCACACGAAAGUAGUCCGAUAGUAUUUGGAAAAGCUGAGUCUCUCCUCAGCCUCUCUCAUAACACAUAGACUUUGCCAACUCGUUGGGUGUAUUAUUGAAAUAUUAAUUAAUUUUCAUUUUAUAAUCAGCUGUCAACAACAUUGAUCGUGUCUUACUAUUGGCAAUGUUACAUCUACUCAUAUUGGACUAUUUUCGUGCGGUCUAUUUCAAUAAUCACGAGUUAACAUGCAUUCGACUGAGUCAUUGUCAAUAUUGUAGAACCGUUCCAUAAUUAAAUAGAAACACAAAUAUGUUGUAAAAUUC